CCCGCCGCAGCGGCGGCAGCAGCUGGUCUCGGUGUAAACAAGGCGCGGAGGCCGCGAACCCGGGCCGGCGGGGGGGGGGGGGGGACGGCGCCCACCAGGAGCGCCCCCCACUCGCAGGCCAGGCCACCCCGGCGGACUGGACCCCCGCGCGCCCAGGCGAGGCACUGGGCUCCCUCUGCUCCCCCUGGGCCGCUCCCCGCGUGGGGCCACUGCCCCCGGCCCCCGCCAUGGUGCGGAUUUCAAAGCCCAAGACGUUUCAGGCCUACUUGGAUGACUGUCACCGGAGGUAUAGCUGUGCCCACUGCCGUGCUCACCUGGCCAACCACGACGACCUCAUCUCCAAGUCCUUCCAGGGUAGUCAGGGGCGUGCCUACCUCUUCAACUCUGUGGUGAACGUGGGCUGCGGGCCAGCGGAGGAGCGGGUGCUGCUGACAGGCCUCCAUGCUGUUGCUGACAUCCACUGCGAAAACUGCAAGACCACUUUGGGCUGGAAAUAUGUAGUCUGUUAUUAUCUCCACUUUACAGAAGAAGAAAGGAAGGCCCAGAGAUGUUAGGUAACUUCCCCAAGGUCACACAGCUGGAACAGGCCUUCGAGAGCAGCCAGAAGUACAAAGAGGGGAAGUACAUCAUUGAACUCAACCACAUGAUCAAAGACAAUGGCUGGGACUGACCCCUGCUCCUGAUGCAUGUGGCUCCAGCCCGGCCUGGCCGCCAGGGGGCGCCACUGGCUUCCCUUCACCCGAACGGAGCUCUGGACCAUCAGGGCCUCUGCAGAGGAAGGAUCCAGCUCCUGUACAUAUAUUUUAUUGCAUGCACUGUGACCUUGGGGGGAGAUCAGAAGGUGGACAAGGUGGACGACACCCCCGCACUUCCCUGCGAUCUGGCUGGCUUGGAUCUCAUUUUUAACCCCUUCCUGCCCCGCCUGCCCUAUAGAUAUGGCCUGUGUGCUUCUCUCUUGGCCCCAGUGCACCAUCUGCCCUGUGAAAUUCUCCUCCCACCGGGCACCUCUUACCCCACACGUGUCUGCUCCCCUCGUUCUGUAGCGUUUGUACAUAAUAAAACCAUGGAGUGGAGACA